AGUUAGGCUUGAGGUUUGAGAUCGUGAAACGAAGUAAAAGGUACAUUCUUGUACUAUUUAAGAGAGAAUCAUCCGUUUAAGCACACAUUCAUCCAAUAAAUACAAACAGGUAUUGCAGCAAAGAAGAUGAGUGCAGCUGCACGAUAUUUCCACUCUAGGGCAGUUACCCUUGGCCUCUGUACCAGAAACAACACAAGGCAUUUCAGCACAAGCCUCCCACUGUGUGAACUGAGACAUAUGUCACGGGUCAAUGUAGUGGACAACAGUGACUUAGGCAAAAAUGCCAAGACCUCUGGCAAACCAGCUCGUAUAGUUCAUGUUUAUAAUAAACAAGGGGUUGCAGGUAUUGGAGAUAAAGUUUUACUGGCACUUGAAAAGCAGAAGGUUAAAGGAAUAAUUGUAGGUUGUAAACAGAAGCAGAAGCCAAUGGUUCCAAAGUUUGACAGUAACAAUGUUGUGUUGAUAGAUGAAGAGGACACUCCCAUGGGCUCAAGGAUAAAUGUACCUAUACCAUCAGUGCUACGCAAGAAGGAAGAGCUUGCCAAGAUAUUAGCUAUAUCUUCAAGAUUUGUAUGACACUAGAUCUCAAAGAGAAAACCUGUCAAUAAUUAUUUUAUAGCACCCAAGUGUGUCGAUUGUCAUUACUAGUACUAAGAAUCAGGAGUCAGAACACUGCUUACACUUUUCUCAUUUGGUUUGGUGUAAUACAAUUAUGAAUGUCUAACUUGUUUAAAGAAUUUGGGAAAAGUGGUUAUACAUAUGACAUACUCUUUUUUAGCUACAUGUGAAGCAAGCAUGGAUUCCCUAUAACGCAUACAAACCGCCUCUACCAGUUUCUUAUACCACUGUUAUUCAAAUAAAGUCAACAUAACAAGGGAUAAACCAAAUUAAUCACUUCAUAAAGUUCCAGAGCUUUAAAAUUGCAACUUUUCCUGGUCGUAAAGACCUUAUCCAUCAUUCCAUUUUGUAAAAGUGCGCCAAAUGACGUAAUAAUGCUUGUCGCAUUAUUGUUGCGAGCGCAAUACUAUCAUUUGUAUGACGGGUUGUUGAAAACGACCGAGGGCUAUGAAUAGCACAGAAAGGAAGCAGAAAGUAUCCGUUCAGAUGUCAUCUUUUGGAAAUAUGAAACAAUGUCCUUUGGUAAUUCUUAAAGUUAGGCUAUUUGAAACUUUAUGAUUGCAUUUGGUCGACAAAAAGUUUCAUUUGAAUACAUCAUUCAUGAUAUGUAUUUUGGAUAAUAAUAUAUUGACUUUUUUGUGUUCUUCAAUGCAAAGAAAUUAGAUCCAAGUACCUGACCCACAUCGAACGUUCUCUUGCAACAAGGCUGGAUAUUUUCUUUUCACCUUUGUAUGCUCUCCCCAGAUUUACCAUUUCAGGUGAACCAAAAGUCGUUCCUUCCAUAUGUUUCAAGUUCUCUCAAUGUGGCUGCAUAUGAAGAACAAACCCUGUGACAUAAUAUUGAGUUUCUUUUGAAUAAGACGAAAAUAAGUUCUCUGUAUUUUCAGUGCAUUUUCUGCUUUCUGUGUGUUGUACGCUUGCAAGUGGUUAUCAAUCUUCAUAAAAUUACACCAUGUAAUUUAAUCAUUUCAUCGAUAAACGUAAAAAGAAUGCUCAGGAAUAAUCAAAAUGGAGAUUGGAAUUCUUAUUCCGUAUGACAUCUGAAUUUUUUGUCCCCACUGUAAUUAAUACUUUCAAAUGGCAUUUAAUUGUAAAUUUCUUUGGGAUAUUUUAUUCAUUUGCCAUAGACUACCAAAACUAUUUUUAAAAUACCUAGAUAAUUUGCACAACAUAUACUUGAUAUAUAAAAUAAUGUUAAAAAUAAAAAUUCCUAUUUAGUCUCUGCAUAUGGAGCUGGAUCACACUUAAAAACGAUUGUAAAUGUAGUUUAUGACUCGACACGCCCCUCUAGCUGUAUUUGAUAAACAGUUUGUGUUCGUUCGUUUUCAGUCAGUGAAAUAUCACUAGGAUCCAUGUUUCAAUAAAAGAAAGAUUGUUGGAAGAUGAUGUAAAAAAAGUACCCUCUACCAAGACCACAGAUGGGUUUUUUCAAUAGAUGUUCUCAGACAUGUCUCUUGUUAAUUCAUGGCACUUUUCUCUACUGUACGGAUUAGAGGUGAUUUACCUAUUUACUAUCUUUUGAGUAAUGCCACUACAGCCAAAUAUCACUUCCAUGAUGUUCAUGUGAGAAAUAGAUA